AAACUGGCUACGCAGGAGUUUAAUUUUGAUUGUGCAGGCGACUGUAGGCCAAGCCUGAAAAAUAGCGGCGGACAGCGCGAACAGCGCGAACAGCGCCCCCUGAGGGCGACGCAGCCCGCGCGACCAGACGUGAAGGAAUUUCCGCUGACGUCACUGCGUAUGUCCAUAACAGGGCUGCAGCUGUCUGAGAGCAACAAUAACAAGCUCUACCCAACAACUUCAACGCGGCUCUGCGGGACCUGACAGCGCCAAAUACCACCGAAUUUCACAAAAUGCGGCUGUCGAAAUAACUCUUGCCUCCGUUUCAUCGUCGUCCGAGUCGAAAACCGGGUUAUCGUCGCCGCCACCGCCGCGAAACAAACACCGAGACUCGGCUGCAGGGGGGAACAGGGCAGUUCGGGGCUGCAUCUGGGUCAGCGGGCCUGUCGGCGGCUGUAACGGUGGUUUUGUUGUCCCCGCAGUGUCCCGUUGCGUCUGACAUUCGUUUAUAUACACAUCGUGUCACCUGCAUAAACCGUGGUAACAUGCAGGCUAACGGGACAGCACAGGAGCCAGAUUCGGAACUGUCCUGCCGAAACGGUGAGCAGAACGGUGAGUCGUCCUCCACCGGAGUAGCUCACUCCAACGGACUCGUGUCAGUCACCAACAAUGGAAACCCUGUCAGCAGCAACAACGGAGUGUCAGCCCAGCCUGCGUCCAACAACACCAGCAGCACGUCGGAUGCCAACUCGGGCGUCAAAAAGAAGAAGCGUCUGUCUCAGUGUGAGGAGGAUGUCAUCAGGCUGAUAGGACAACAUUUACACGAUUUAGGUCUCAAUCAGACGGUGGACCUCCUGAUGCAGGAGUCUGGCUGCAGACUGGAGCACCCCUCUGCCACUAAGUUUCGCAAUCAUGUCAUGGAAGGAGAGUGGGACAAGGCCGAGAGUGAUCUGAAUGAGCUGAAGGCAUUGAUGCAUUCUCCAAGUGCUAUAGUGCGGAUGAAGUUCCUGCUGCUGCAGCAGAAGUAUCUAGAGUAUCUGGAGGAUGGGAAGGUUCUGGAGGCCCUGCAGGUCCUCAGAGCCGAGCUCACUCCUCUCAAGUACAACACAGAGCGUAUCCACAUCCUGAGCGGGUACCUGAUGUGCAGUCAUGCAGAGGACCUGCGCGCUAAAGCAGAGUGGGAAGGCAAAGGCACGGCAUCCCGAACAAAGCUGCUGGACAAGCUCCAGACGUACCUGCCUCCGUCAGUGAUGCUGCCUCCUCGCCGCCUGCAGACCCUGCUGAAGCAGGCGGUGGAGCUGCAGAGGGAGCGCUGCCUCUACCACAACACCAAGCUGGACUGUGGACUAGACUCUGUGUCCCUGCUGCUGGACCACGCCUGCAGCCGGAAACAGUUCCCUUGCUACACUCAGCAGAUUCUCACUCAACACUGCAAUGAAGUCUGGUUCUGCAAGUUCUCCAACGACGGCACAAAACUGGCAACUGGGUCCAAAGACACCACAGUCAUUGUGUGGCACGUCGACGCAGAAACCCAGCAGAUGAAGUUGAUGAAGACUCUGGAGGGUCAUGCUUAUGGUGUUUCAUACCUGGCAUGGAGCCCUGAUGAUGCCUAUCUGAUAGCCUGUGGUCCUGAUGACUGCUCUGAGCUGUGGCUGUGGAGUGUACAGACAGGGGAGUUACGUACAAAGAUGAGUCAGUCUCACGAGGAUAGCCUGACCAGCGUGGCCUGGAAUCCAGAUGGCAAACGCUUCGUCACCGGUGGCCAGAGAGGCCAAUUCUACCAGUGUUCUGGUGUUGAUGGUGUUCCUGAAGGCAUUUUGUGUCCUGACUCCCAGGACUUGGAUGGGAACCUGCUGGACUCAUGGGAAGGAGUUCGGGUGCAGUGCCUGUGGUGUCUGAGUGACGGCCGGACCGUCCUCGCAUCAGACACCCACCAACGCAUCCGCGGAUACAACUUUGAGGACCUGACGGACAGAAACAUAGUGCAGGAGGACCACCCCAUCAUGUCUUUCACUGUUUCCAAAAACGGAAGGUUAGCUCUGCUCAAUGUUGCUACUCAGGGAGUGCACCUAUGGGACCUGCAUGACCGGGUGCUGGUGAGGAAGUACCAAGGGGUGACCCAGGGCUUCUACACCAUCCACUCCUGCUUCGGAGGGCACAAUGAAGACUUCAUCGCUAGUGGCAGCGAAGACCACAAAGUUUACAUCUGGCACCGGCGCAGUGAGCUGCCCAUUGCAGAGCUGACUGGUCACACCCGCACAGUCAACUGUGUGAGCUGGAACCCCGUCCUGCCUGGACUGCUGGCCAGCGCCUCCGACGAUGGGACUGUCCGAAUCUGGGGACCUGCCCCCUUUCUGGAUGUCCAGGAUGCAGAAGGGCUCAAUGAUUAUCUUUCAGCCACUGCUUUCAUCAGACUGGAGGGCUGUUCCAGAGUCAAGGGCCCUGACUCCAAAGGCCCAGUUUCCUCUGGUUUUAGGCUCCACCUCGGAACUAUUAACAGACCCCUACUGGAGGAUCUCAAGCUCAAAUUGGGUUAGCAGAAUGUUGCAGCAUGGACAGCUGAUGAUCUGUUGCUGUGAACCUGAGGAGCAUCCGGACUUUGUAGACACUUGAAUGGAUGAAGCGGGGAAAGCUUUGGUGAUUGGACAGCUGCUCCCUGGAGGCGGGGCCAGCAGUGCUGCGUGUCAGGGUUUCACAACACAGAGGUGUCAGACUCUGGCCAGGUGAAGCUGGGCUCCACGACCUUCAGCGUCUGACCCACCUCCUCCUCCUGUCCAAACCCGUUCCCUCAGCAUCAUCCAGGACCACCCAUCUCCUCUUAUUUAUUAUCAACGACAUUAUUUAUUCAUGAGUAGUUCACUGACUGUGACAUAGCAGCACCUGUGGAGGGUGUGUUCUUAGUUUUCUUCAGUCCUGUGUCUGAGCUGCUCACAUGAAGAAGCUUCAACUUUUUUCCUCUUUCACCUCCUGAACCUUUUAAGAGAUUUAACCUACAGGAACAUUUGAUGGAUGUAACACCCACUUGAAGAGUCAUCUUUUAAAUGCUAAAUUUAAGUUUUUUCUUUCAUCUUCCCUGCUUAAAGUCAGAGAAAGAAUAGUAUUUGAUGAGCAUGUUGCAUAGGAUUGCACAAGACAACGUAUUUGAUGGCUAACUCGUGUUUUACACUCGCAGUAUGUCCAGCUAUAUCUGUUAAAGUACGUUGAGUGGUUGACUGGCUGCCUUCUGAGAGUAUACAGCAGAUUUGCGGAAACCGAAGGAUUAUCUGUCAACCCUUACCUCUCUGUAUGGAUUAUCUGAGUGUAGUUUAUGUCAUGCCAUCAGUGUGGAUUUCCUAAUUAUUUUGCUGUUACAUCUUUGCUCUGGCUUCACUAUUUGCUCUUUAUUUCUGUUUCCAUUGCAGCCUGUUGCCAUCUCUCCCUGCAUACAAACAGCAGUCUUCAUAUGAAUUUCUUUUGGUUUGGUUUAGUUGUUACAUGUUCUAAGUUGUUUUUUAUUUACUACAAGUGGAGCUGUAACAUUUAAAGAGACACUCCCUGAUUUCGUACUGUACCCAGUAGAGCCCCAAACUCCCAGCUCAGCUGUGAACUGUUUUAAAUGCUAAGGUUGGCGUUACUCUCGGUUUCAUAUUGUCAACAAAUCCCAUUGGUUCCUAUUGAAGAUGUAAAUCUUUAAAAUCCGCUUGCAGAUGUAUAGUUUCUUCAUAAAAAGGCUGUCGUUUCCUCCAACAGCUGCUCGCUGUAGUUUUUAUCAGAUAACAGGAGGAAACAGUGCGUCUGUUGGGGACUAUUUCCAGCGGCGGAUGAAUCCACAUGUGGUGCUGUAGUGAGUGUUUGGGGCAGCAGGACGGUGUGUGUGGGACUGAGUCAGAAUAAACUACAGUGUGUGUGUUCAUGGUGAUGAAGGAACAUGUCAGCCAGUGCAGCAGAGCGGCUCGCUGAUGGAGCUCUGUGGCUCAGAGGAGGAAGAUCCAUCAGCUGUGACACACACACACACACACACACACACACACACACCUGUUAGCAGAUACGUUCACUGCUGGUUUGGUCUGCACAUGAGAUUUGUUCAUGAUUUAAAAAAAAAAAAAAGAUAAAAGAAAAUUGCCAGCCUUAUCCUUUAAAUUCAACACAUCACACAGUAACAUGGAGAGUAUCUUUAACAAUCAGUGUGUAACACAUUUGUACACGUGUAACAUAAAGUUAUUAUGAAUUUCUACAAAGUGUUUCCUUUCAGAAAGUCAAAAGAACAAUCUUGCCUGAUAUGUUCUAUGUAAUAUGUGCUGUAUAUUUGUAUGUUAUGGCAUGUAUUAUGAGGCUGUGUACAAAUGGCAGACAGGAUGACGUGUGUUCAGGGUUCCUACACCUGUUUUUAUUACUGUCAAAUUCAAAACGGUUUCAGCUACUCUUCCAGAGCUUCAUACCAACUUGUCUUGACUGCAUUACUGUUGUAAUAUAAAGCAGCAAGUUUACUUUUACAACUGCUAACAGAGAAAAUUUGUUUUGAAAUUCACAAACUACAGUGCAGCCAAACUCACAUGUCAGCCUGCUGCUCUGGUGACAUUUUCCCAAACUGCUUCUCCGGAUUCUAUUUCCAAGUUUCUUUUCUAAAAGCUUCCCAGUCCUGGACGAUAACUGCAGGACUGUCAGGACUGUGGGGACCCUGUUAUCUGCCCAGACACCAUCACAGCCAUCACCAGCUUCAACUCUGCCAUCACAGAACACACACACUAGUGGUACACAACAAUAGAUGUCACACACACACACACACUUGAUUCAGUCACAGAUCUACUUUCUGCUUCUGUGACUUUCUUUAGUUUGUUCUUUCCUCUUCUUGCUGUAAGAAGCCAAAGUAGGAACUUUGUUUGCUUGCAGGCAGUUUCUGCCAGAAACCAUUUUACAUUUUAAAUGUGUUAUUACAAAAAGUGAUUGUACUGUUCUGUAUUGUUCUGUAGGAGAAGUGUUAUGUAUGCAUAUUUUAAAUAAAGCAUUCAGGGUUUUAAAAUGUAA